CGUAACCUUGGCGCUGGGCGCCGGUCGGUGUGCGGGUGUUCUGGCGCCAUGCAAGCAGCAUUUGAGAUUACCGCACGGUACUGUUCAAAGGAAAUGGAAGCAUAUGGGGAGUGUGUCACAUUGAACCCAUCCUCAUGGCAGAAGGACUGUCAUCAACUGAAAACCACAGUUGCACAGUGCACAUCAUCACACCCAGUUAUUCAAAAGAUCCGUGCAGAAUGUGCAGAGCCUUUCCUGACUUUUGAGCAGUGUUUGAAACAGAACCAGUCAUCCGUGAUGAACUGCACAGAUCAUGUCAACAAGUUCCUGGCCUGUGCAGAGAAAGUCAAAGUGCCAAACUCAGGUGAAACUGUGCAAUAGGUUUUUAAUGGCCUGAAAUCAUCACUGCCACAAAUUCCACACAUUGGGAGCUACCUUCAUCAAGAAUCUACCCCAGGGGGAGAUGUGUGACCUGGAGUGGACUGAAGACCAGCUAUGAAUAUGGGAAACGCAUCAAAAUGAAAUGUCUGCAUUGAUGAUGAAGAGCUUAAGAUCAUACUUGUUCAUAAAGGGAAGAACUAAACCAAUAUAAAUUUCUUAAAGAAUAAUAGUAUGGCCAUGAAAAUCCAGAAUGUUCUGGGGAGAUAUCUAUGCAUUUUCUGGUGUCUUGGGUCUAGUACCUUGUUCUUCAGAAAAGAUUGGAGUAGACUGUUUACCUGUUGCUAGAAACUGACAGUUAUGAAUGGCAUUCAGAACUUGUGAUGCCACUAAUUGUUGAUAUUUAGUCACAGAAAAUCUUUGGGUUAUUCUGCCUUGAAAGGUGAUGACUGAGAGUUGAAGACGGGUGAAAGGAAACAUCAUUCAUAACAACAUAAUUUAGAGCACGACUUUGAAUCUGAAUUUGAAAGACCAAAAUUAGCGGAAGAAAUAUGGUGGCAAGAAGCUCUUCCUGUAGAGUGAUCGCAGAAAUUGCUGGACAAUAACGGAGCCAUUUCCAUUCAGUGUGUGGUCUACUGUUCUGGGAGUUGCGCAUUCUUUUCCUUAUCCAGCAGGACUGUGACAGUAAUAAUUUGGGAAAGCCAUACACCUUACCUCACACUUGUAUCAGCACAUGGAAUACACAGGGGUUUAUCUUGUUCAUUACUGAUGAGCUUUCCAUCCUUUCAUAAUCUGAUUUAUGUGUUUUCAGACGUGUUGGGCUUCAACAAAUUUUUAUAAAUGUGUGGCAGUACAUAAUCCCAGAAUUGACCCUGUGCCCCCUGCAGUAGUACAUCCAAAACUGGUGAUGCAUCAGCUGAACAGUCUGUGGCAACUUGUGCUGGAUGCCUGGAAUCUGUUUCUUAGUUUCACUUAGUCAAAAAUUGAAGGUUCACAGAAAUGUGGUGUCACUUCCUUUUAUUUUCUCUUUAAUUGCAAAUCUCAUGGACAGAUUCAUUGAUGGAUGUUCUUCUUAUUUCGGGUAACUCUUUUUCACAAAGAUACAUCCCCAACAAGAACUAAGUUGAAUUUGGCAAAGAAAUGAUCGUUAAUGGUUUCAUUUAAAAAAAAACUAGUAUAUUUUUCAGAAGCAACAAAAGCCUGGGAAUGAAAUUAGAUUGUCUUGAAAGCAACUUCUAAUACCUCAGACAGUUUUGGAGCCUGUGCAUUUUUUCAAUUUGCAGUUCUGAUUUUUCAAUGAAAUAUUUAAAAAGAAUCUGUGUCAUUCAUUCAUACCUUGAAGACUUCCCAUUCAUAGUCAAAGGGCAGAGUGAGAUUUUCUAUGAUUUAUGAUGCUUCGUAUUGAGUCGGUUCUGUGGUAACGCAUGCUGUUGGAGAAUAAUGACAAAGGUGGAUCUUUCUCCUAUCCCAAUUUCAACAAGUGUCUGCACUCUCCUGGAAUACACAACUUUUGUUUUUUAUAAAUUAAAAAUGGCUUCUUCUGUUGUUGGAAAGGUGACUUUUGGAGUUGUAUUUUGGAAACCAACAUUCUCUGUUUGGCUUCAGUUCUCUGCAGCAGCUCUGACGUGCAUCCCACAGCUUUUACAUGUCCCUCUGCUCACUUUCACUGGCCUUGUUAAUCUAUCAACCUGAUGGCACCCCCCUUGCAACUUAAAACUUGCUUGUUUUCUCACUUUCCAAUGAAGGGUCUUUGACCUGAAAUGAUAACUCUGUUUACUUUCCACAGAAGCUGUCUGAUGUGCUACGUCCUUCCAGAAGCUUCUGUUUAUAUUUCAAAUUUCCAGAAUCUGCUUUUUUUUUAACUUUUUGAAUUUUGAUUUAUGUCGUCAGUGUUCAAUGACCAACACUCCUGUCUGAGUGAAAAGGUCUUGGCUUCAAGUCCCACUCCAGGGAAUCCGGGCUGACACAAUAUAGUAGUACCAUGGGAUUGCUGCAUUGUUCCAAUGCUAUCUUUCAGGUGAGAUGCUACUUAUCUACCCUUCCAGGUGGAUAAAACUGUCCCACGGAACUAUUGGAAGAACCUGGUAUUCUGGAACAUCCUGAAACAAAAUAUCAGAUUAUUGUCUUGUUAGCUUUUAGAAGAGCUUGUAGUAUACAAUUUCAUUGCCACACUUCCUAUAUUAACAGCAUUGACUGCAUGUGAAUGCUUUUUAUUGGUUGUAAAGUAUUUUAGUGUUCCUGGUGUUGUAAAAGGUACUAUAGAAGCAGAAGUCUUUUAUUAAAAAUAAUUUUACACUUGGACCAUUGAAAAAUUCUCCUGAGAAACUGUUGAAAACAGUUCUCUAAACAGUAUUUGUUUGCUUCUGCCCUUCUUGCUUGCACUCCUUGCAAUGUCCCAAAGGUAUUACACCACUGGGACUGAGGUUAAACAGUGGCACCCAGCAGUGUGAACCUAUUUCUCAGAGCACCUUCUCCAUAGGGGAAAAAGGGAGAAAAUAUAAGAAGGCAGAAAAGAAACUGGGAUGAAGCUCAGGAGGGGAGUGAAAGGAAAAGUCAGCUUAACAUUAAUUGUGUUCCAGUGUAGCACCUUGGAACAUUUUAUCACACCAAUAUUGCUGUAUUAGUGCAAAUUUUUAAUUACAGUAAUAAUGGAACAAGAGACUGGGGACAGAGGUAGAAAGUUGUACUGACAUUCAACGGGGGAGACAAUGGCCCUAGUUUUGCCAUCAGUGGCACGACAUUUAUCACUAACAUCCAAUGAAAACUGCCCAUCCAGAUCUCUUGAGGGUUCUGCUUUUCCCACUGCAAUUAUUGUCAAGUGUCAGAUCGGAGGGAUUCCCCUGGAAACCUGCAACUGCAAUGUCUUCAAACGUGCCGAACGGCCAAAGAAUUUUCACAAGACAGCAGAUCGGGAAAGAAUGGUGCAAUUUUAAUUAACUUUCUAAACAUUUUCUUGUGUUAAAUGGAGAUCAGAACAUCCACAUAUGGGGAAAAAGAAGCAGAAAAUUAAAUAUUUUAAUAAAUCUUUUUGGUUAAAAUUCCAAACUGCUGUCAGUGUUUCAGUGUUCCUUUACAACCUGUAUUCAUCAACUUUGAAGAAUUUUUCUGAAGUGCACUAAGGCCACACAAAAUAGGCAGAGCAGUAAUCACCAGUUAGUAUGUGAUUUAAAAAAAACUGCUUUUAACUUCACAUCACUUCAACCAAUUUCUUUGAUACUGUUGAGGGUGUAAAUGAGCACUGAAUCUCUGACAGCGGUUUGGAGAUUCGUCUGCCAAACUAAAUACGCACAGAAAUCUGAAAAUUUCAGUGUAAUGACGAUAGAUGUCCCAUCGUUUUGCCAUCAUAACCACAUAAAAACAUCAUUGUAGAUGUUAAACUACAUUUUUCUGUCAUUGUAGUUAUGAAAAUACCAUAUUUCCAUUGUUUGAAAAUCAAAAAACUACAGAUGCUAGAAAUAAAGAA